AUGCUUAAGGUUACUUUAAAUAGUUUUGGAAAAAAAAAGUAUUUUUUUAAAAAUAAACACAAUUUUUUAUUUUUUAAUAAUAAAAAUUUAUUGACACAUAGUAGAACAGAAAGUGAUAUAAAUUCAACAUAUAGAAAAGAAAAUGAAAUUAUUUUACACAAGUCUUAUUUAUUGAAAGAUUCUAAAAUAAAUGAUAUAAUAAAUAUACUAAAUUUGUAUAUCAGGCUAAAAAAUGAAAAUAUUGAAUUAUUAAAGAAUGUUUCAAUAAAUUUAUUAAUGAAUAAAGAAAAACUAAGGUAUAAUGAUAUAGUUAUUAUAUUAAAAAAAUUUUCUGUUAUAAAAUGUAAAAAUUAUUAUUUGUUUUGUUAUUUUAAAGAUGCUUUAAUAGACAAUCUACAUUUACUAAGCUGUAAUGAAUUAAUAGACGUAUAUUUUUCUUUUACAAAUUUGAAUUAUUUUCAUUAUAAUUUUUAUUUAUUAAUUGAAAAGAAAUUGUUUCAUAAUUUUAAUUUAAUAGAUUUAAAAAAGUUAAUUUUUUUAAUACAAUGUUUUAAUAAAAAAAAAAUAAUAUCAAAAAACUACUUAACAAUAUUAUUAUAUAGCAUAUCUAAAAAUAUAAAUAAAUUUAACACAUUUCAGCUUUCAGUAAUUUUUUCUUUUUUUAAAAAUUUUAACAUAAAUAAUAGUAUACUUAUUAAUUCUUUAAUUCAUAACUUUAAUCAAAAUGUUAAUCUAAAUGACUCUCCAAAAUAUUUAUCACUUUUUUAUAAUUUCUUAUCAUAUGUAAAUAAAAAAUGCAAAAAUAAUUAUCAGUAUUUUAAAAAGGAAAAAGAAUUAAUUGGUGUAAUAAAACAAUUUAAAUUAAAAUUUGAGGAAGAAAAAAUAAAAUAUGAAGAUAAAUUACAUAAAAUAGAAGAAAAUCAAGAAAUAACUAAUGAAUAUAACAAAGAAGAAAUGAAAAUAGACAAAGAAAAAAUGAAUUAUGAAGAAGAAAGUAAAAAAAAAAAAAAGGAAAUCAUAGAUAAAUAUUUAAAAAAAAAUAUAUCUUUACUUGAGAAUAAUAUUUUAUUCAAAGGUGAUGAAUUGCAACAAUUGAAAGAACAAACACAUUUAUUAAAAAAGGAUUCAUAUAAUUUUAAUUUAAUGUAUUCUAUUAAAAAUGCACUAAAAAAUAUAGAAAUUAUAACAAAAAAAAAGAUAAAGCAUAUGUCUGUUCAAUCGUUAUGUUUAAUAUCAUCUGCUUUAUCUAAUAUUGAUAAAAACAAAUUGAUUUUAGAAAAAAUUGCUGAAGAAGUUGGUAAACAGUCAACUAAAUUGACUCCUUUAUUAGUAAGUUUUUUGUUAUUGUCUUUUAGCAAAUCAAAUCACAAGCAUGGUAGUUUAAUUUAUUAUUCCCUACAAUUUUUUUAUAAGUAUCAUAAAUUUUUUAAUAUUAAUGAAGUUGGUAUAUUAUGUAAAGGUUUACAAAAUUUUUCUAUUAAAGAAAAUGAAUUCAUAUGCAUACUAAAUGAAGUUAUUUUAAAUAACUUAGGUGCUUAUAAUAAUAUUUACAAAGAAAAAAAAAAAUGCACUACAGAUAGUUUAAAUUAUAAUAGUAAUAAGUAUCUAAGUGAUUAUAAUAUAGAAAAAUUAUUUUAUGAUAUAGAAAAAAAUAUUGAAAAAAAUAUUGAGUGUAUGAGUUAUGAGGAUCAAUUUAAAAAUUUAAAAAAAGUACAUAAGGAUGAAGAUAAGGAAUACAAUGAUAAUAAUAAAAAUAAUAGUUAUGAUAAAAAAUACAGUGAAUUUGUAAAUUUUAGUUAUAUUGAUUAUGAAAAUAUAAAAAAAAAUAAUUACUAUCCCAAUAAUUUAUAUAAUAUAAAGAUAGAUAAUUCCAUUUAUAUAAAUAAUAUUAUAUACAUUCUAGAAUAUUAUUCUUUUAAUUUAAUACGUAUUAAUAAAAUCUUAGAUAUUUUUUGUGAUAUUUUUAUAAAAAGUGAUCUAAAUUACAUUUUAUAUUCAAGAAUAUUUUAUUCAUUUUAUCUACUACAAUAUCAAGAUAAAAAAAUUUAUGAAUUAAUUGAAAAUUUUAAUAAUAACCAAUCUUUGUAUCAAGUUAUGUAUAAAGAAAAACAUAUGAUGAAGAUUAUAGAGUCUUUAAUUUAUUUUUAUGAAAAUAAAAAGGAAAAUAAAAUGGUUGAUAUAUAUUUUUAUGUAUUACCUAAAAGUUCUUUUUCAUUCAUUUUUAAUUUUUCUAAAUAUUUUUUAACAUUUUUAUUCAUUAAAAAUAAUAAUCAUGUUUUUCAUAAAUUUUUGUUAACUAUAAAAGAUAUAUCAUUAGGAAAAGAAUAUAUUUUCCUUCAUAAACCAAAUAAUUUGUAUUAA